AUGUCCAAAGGCCAUACUAUCCCCCUUCUUCACCUUGCUCGCCUCCUCCUCGACCGCGGCAGCGCGGGAACAUUCCCGGAAUUCCCCGGAAUUGAGAGCACGGAGAAACUCCCGUCCGUGUCACUUUUCCUUUCCUUCGCCAAAGCUACGAAACUCAUGCUGCCCUACUUUGAAAGUUCAUUGCAAAAAAUUCCUCAUGUCACCCGUAUCAUAUUAGAUCAGUUCCUCCAUUGGACGGUGGAAUCUGCCAUGAAAUUUGGCAUUCAGCUGCUGGGAUUCAAUGGUAUGAGCAACUACUUUAGCAGAUCUCAACUCCUAAUUUAUAUUGCAUCAUUCUUUAUCAUGUUUGGGCUAUCUCCUAUGGAAGCCUUCCAUCCAUCCGUAGCUGCCAGAAUAUCAGCCCAGUAUCUCUCCACCUCAGCUUUCUUCACCUCCUUAGCCGCUUUGAAGUUUGCUCACUCCAACUCCUCUAUGAGGUUCCCCUCCCUCAUCUUGGCUUCCUCCACUUCCUUCUCCGGUUGGGAACUAGCAGCAACCUCAUCUCCAAGCAAAUAG